AUGUCUUUCCCCAAUAACCAAACUACCCCCCAGAACAGUAUGGUGUAUAUUGGAUGCGGAAGUGGCACAAGCUGUUUUUACAGCGGCGGUACCAUGUAUGAGAGCACAGCCCUCAACACUGGUGAAAACAAGGAUUCAAUUAAGCUCACCACUACCAACCCCAACAAGUAUGGAGCACAUACUCCACAAUCAAAUUUGAGAGCUCCCCCAAAGGGAAAGUGCUGCAAUCCACGCCAACCUCCGAUAUCAACUUCUAAGUCCUGCACGUGCUCUUUCGCAACCGAAUACCAAUAUCAAGCCGCUGUGUCUAUUGCGGACUUUGAUCGAGAGUUUGAGAGUGCAUCCAACGAUACCACCUCGAACUCAUUCACCCAACACACUCCUAUGGAAAGAUUUAAACUUGAGUCGAACAAUGUGCAGCCUGCCUUGCUCGCAUUUAACCACACCAAUGGCCGCCCAUGUUUGAAUAUCACCCCCGCCCUCAGACAUGAAUUCGAAUAA